AUGGCGGCGCCACGGGCAAAAUUGCCGCUGGAUGUGAUUGUAGUCGGUGCUGGCAUUGGCGGCAUGGCCGCAGCCCUGACGCUGGGCUUGCGAGGGCAUCGUGUGGUGGUUCUGGAAGCGGCGCCAAAGCUCAUGGAAGUGGGAGCCGAGAUCCAAGUCUCGCCGAACAUGCUGCGACUCUUUGACCGUUGGGGCAUCUCGGACCUGAUCCACGCCAAAGACGUGGUACUGGAGCACAUCCACGUACGACGAUGGCAAGACGGCAGCCUUCUAGGCACAAUACCAGUGAACAAGACCUUCGGUCAACAAGUUGUCCUGCACCGCGCAGACCUGCACAACGCCCUGAUCGCCAAGGCACUGGAACUGGACAACGUGAAGCUACGCGAGAACUCCGCCGUCACAAGUGUGCAAUUCAACCCUGCCUCUGUGACACUAGCCAACGGCUCAAUUGUGCGAGGCGACGUAGUCAUCGGCGCAGAUGGGAUCAAGUCCACUGUGCGCGAGCACCUGCUGCAGGACUCGUCCACCAAAGCAAUUGCCACGGGUGACGCGGCGUACCGGAUUAUGUUGCCCCGUAGCGUGAUGGAGAAGUAUGCGGAGCUGAAGACAUUGAUUGAAGAGCCACAGGCGACUCGUUGGUUGGGGCCUGGGAGGCAUAUUGUCGGGUACCCCGUGCGCAAGCAUGAGCUGUACAAUGUCGUGCUGCUUCAUCUGGACAGACAGCAAGUGGAGGAGUCGUGGACUACCAAGGGCUCGAAGCAGGCUAUGGUCGAUAGCUAUGAAGGAUGGGACUCGAGAGUGCGGAAGCUCAUUGAUCUGGUGCAUGACGCUGAAGUUCUCGAGUGGAAAUUGUGUCUGCACCGCCCCCUAAGGACAUGGAUCCGGGGACCAGUCGCUCUCCUCGGUGAUGCAUGCCAUGCAAUGCUUCCGUAUGUUGCACAGGGUGCUGCCCAAGCCGUCGAAGAUGCCGCCGCGCUCGGCGUUGUGCUGUCAUCCAUCACAUCCCACCGCGACAUCCCACGGGCCUUGCAAGUAUAUGAGAAAUCGCGGAAGCAGCGCGCAGAGACUGUGCAGCAAUCAGGCUCCGAGAAUCGUAUCACGUUACACUUACCCGAUGGCCCGGAGCAGAAGGCCCGCGACGAGCAAUUCCGCGCGUCGGCCAGAGGGAAAACCCCGGAUAAAUGGUCAGAUCGUGAGACGCAGAAGUUUUUCUGGGGAUGGGAUGCUGGGAAGGCGGCUCUGGAUGCUUGGAAUGAACUGCAAGACAACGUCAAGCUCAAUGCGAAUGUGUGA